CACCUGCGCUUGUUCGCCGUCCUCUAAAAUGCUCUUAAAAUUGCUCUUUGUUUCACUUUUUUCACUUUGCUCUUCGGCUUCCAGGAAUGACGAGCCCGUUAUUGGUGUUCUGGCUCAGGAGGUGUCCUCGCCCAACGCGAGCCACGCAGCUUACGUCGCUGCGUCCUACGUGAAGUUCCUGGAGUCAGCUGGAGCCCGGGUCGUGCCCGUCAUGAUCAACCUGACUCUGGAGGAGUACACGACGCUGUUCAACUCCGUUAAUGGCAUCCUAUACCCAGGCGGAGGCGUCAGCAUCAUCUCCUCUGGUUACCAGAGAGCUGCGAAAAUCUUCUACGAGCUUGCCAUCCAGGCAAACAAGAGGGGGGAUUACUUCCCCGUGUGGGGCACCUGCCUUGGCUUUGAGCAGCUGAUGUCUUUGUCGAGUGGAAAGAACAUGUUGGCGUUCACCAACACGAGCGGCGUUGCUUUGCCUCUGAACUUCACUAAAGACACCAGAACCAGCAGGAUGUUUAAACAUUUUCCUGCUGAACUCAUGGCCGCUCUGUCGUCAGAGCCUCUCACUGAAAACUCUCAUCACUGGAGUUUGGGGGUGGUGACUUACAACACAAACGAGGAACUGAGGACGUUUUACAAGGUCCUCUCCACAAACACAGAUGGAAACACGGAGUUUGUUUCGACGGUGGAAGCUUAUGAUUACCCAAUCUAUGGGACGCAGUGGCAUCCAGAGAAAAAUGCAUUUGAAUGGUCAAAGCCUUAUAUUCCUCAUUCUCCGUCAGCAGUGAAGACCACCUUCCACAUGGCUGAUUUUUUUGUCAGUGAAGCGAGGAAGAACUUUCAUCGAUUUGAAUCGAAGGAGGAAGAGAACAAGGCACUGAUAUACAACUACAACCCUGUUUACACAGGGACCACAAGUGCCUUUGAGCAAAUUUACUUUUUUUGACGUCUCUUCAUGAGCACUUUUCCUCCCGUUGUUAAUUAAACAAGCAGGGCGCUCCUCCCUGUCGAUAAAACCGAAUGCCCUGCCUACCGGACUGCCCCCCUCCCCCAGUUGACAUCUUCCGACACUGACGUAGCGCUAGCUAAGCUAGCGGCGCACAAUGCAGACGUGCUAGCUAACGAGCUCGAGGUAGCGCUCCGUUUCCCUCACGCUGAGCCGUCUGCCAGUGCAAGUAAACUAGGGGAAACACUGCUUCAUUACUG